AGAUUUUGCUCUCAAAAAGCUCCAAUUUGUGAUUUUUGCUCCAUUCCUUCUGCACGUGCGGCGGCGUGCGAAUCGAGGUCGCCCAAUUGAUUGUCGAUCCGCCGCCGACGGUAGAUCCGGCGAGUGUCCCAAGUGCCUCAACCAUGGUUUCACCGUGGACCAUCAUGUAGGGAUCCUAUAUAAUCAGUGCUAUAUUGGAUUCAUGAGCCAAUGGAGGAUUCUUGAGGAAGAGUGGACCAGAGGCCAUGCCGGUGAUAGAGGAGUUCGCCACCAACAGUAGAAGGUGGUCGAAAGAGAGGCACAACUCGAGGAGAGUAGCGGCCAUAGAGGAGGCCGAGGAGAGUUCCUUUGCUAAGGAAUUAGCCGAUCUUAGAGUCCGGGUUGACCAAAUGGACACAUCUAGAUGAGAGGAUCCGGCUCCACCGACCUCCGUCAUUGCGGUCACGAAACCCGACGCUCCUCCCGCUCCCGUAGAAGACAUUAACUACGCUCAACAAGAAGGCGGUCCCAAUCGGGGUUACAACAACAAUUAUCGCCCUAACCAGGGGGCAGUAAUUUCAAUCAUUAUAAUGAGAACCGUCCUCAUCCUAACCUUUCUUAUUCUAACAAUAAUUUUUUGCAACCUCCCGCAGGGUUUAAUGUUAGCAAAGGUGGGGUAGUUGAGCCAAUCAAGAAGGAGGACCAGUAUGACCAAGGGAUUAUGAAGAUUUUAGAAGUGCUAGUGCAAGAUAGAAAGACCAAUGACACCAAGAUUGGGGUUGUUGAAGCAAGGUUAAACAAUUUCGAGCAAGAAAUAAACAUUAUUGCCACUGCCGUCUCGAACAUCCAAACUCAAAUGGACCAAGUCCACAAGAAGCUCGAGGAAGACAAGGCAAAGGCAGCAGCACGAGUGGGAGACAUAAACAAAAAGUGGGUCACCAAGCAGAAGAAGGACGAAGGCAGCACCUCCGGAAUGAAAUAUGGGGACUUCCCGACUCCAAGCGGAUCACCGCACACUUUGCAGCGGGCCGCUACUGGGGCACCGUCUGGAGUCUGCCCAACGCCUAGCGGACCGCCGCACACCCCGCAGCAGACCGCCACUGAAGAGGAGAUAUCUAGGUACCCGAAGCUACUAAGGGGGGCCGUGAUGAGAAAGAAGAAACCCACCAAAGCCGACCUUAAGUUGACGCAUCAUUGCAGCGAGAUCAUUCAACAGGAGAGGGUCGUGAAGAAACCCACCAAAGCUGACCUUAAGUUGACGCAUCAUUGCAGCAAGAUAUGAAAGUAGACAAAAAUGUGCCUCUAAUCUUAGGCAGAGAUUUUCUAGCCACCUGCAAAGCUCUUAUUGAUGUAGGUAGAGGCGAGAUCACAAUCAGUGACAACUACAGUCGCCCCACCAACAAGAUUGAGAGCGAGGUGCUUAAGUAUGAAGAGGCACAACAAGCAAGGAAGGAGCGCGAAUGUAGGGCGGUCAUGAUGACCGACACGUCUAAGCCUUAUAGGCCAUUCAAAGAGGAGGAUUCUUCUAACCCUUCUAUCUUUAUUGUCCAUACUCCUCCCCAAUCUCUCAAAAAGAGUACACCUAAGCAAGCUAAGCUUCCCUCUCAGGAGAAGGCCAAAAAGAGAAAGAAGGCAAAGAAGAAGCCUCAAGUUCCAGUCGACCCCGAAGUCUUCGUGAUCAAGACCCCGAACAGGAAAUACAAAUGGUGGAGAAAAAUUGGCAACAAGAUGAUCCAGUUCGCGGUUUUCAGUACUAGGGUCGUUGAUCCGCACACCUAGUUGGGCCAAAACAAAGGCGCUUGUUGGGAGGCAACCCAACUUGUUUUUCCCUUUAUUUCUUUAUUUUUUGUCUUCUAUGUUUCCUUAAAUUUUCAUGCAUUUUCUGUGCACAUAAAAUAAUAAUAAUAAAAUCGUAGCGGCCGUUGUAUAUUCCACAAUGGUCGCCACAAAAUGUUUGAGUGCGCAGGAGCAUUUCGGUCCUAGGGCGGGCGCUGUGCGGGCCGUAGCUACCCGUUGGAGAUGCGUCAUUUUCUGAAGACGCGCAGCGGUCGGUGCACGCCUCGUAGCGGUCGCCACGGAUAGGUUAGAGACGCGACAGCUUCGAUAUAAGGUGAGUUUUCUCUCCUUCUUUCCACCAUCUUCUCCAACUUUCCCUUGCACACGACCCCAACCACAAAUCAUCACCAAAUUCACACACCCACACUCUCAUUCCCUCAUUUCAUUCCAAAUUUCAAGCUUUCAUCGUCCAAUUCUCUCCAACUCAAGGUAAGAAUCCUACCUUUAAUUUAUGAGUUUUGGUUGAAUUCUUCCAUAGGAUUUUGUUCUUUCAUGUUGAAUUGUUCGGUUGAAAAGCAUGUUUUAGUAUGGGGGAUGAUUGUGGUGAUGCUCCUACUUGUGUUUCAUGGUUUGAUUUUGUAUAAGGUGGUGAAUUGUUGAUUGUUUUUUAUGUUUCCCUCUUGAUAAUAGUUGUUUAUAUGUUACUUUCGGGCAUCCCCUUUCAUCAAGUUUGAGGGAACCCUUGUUUAUUUGUCUAUUAUUUGGAGCUCUUUUUAGAGCGUGAAUUUUAUUUUGUAGGACAAUGACAACAAGAGUGAAGCUCGAGAAUGCGAAGAGCUACGGAGUUAGCCUUCCGAAUGAUGAUCAUAAGGCUAUGUGGAAGAGAGUCUCGGCAAGAGACACAGUGCCCUCACGGUACCCCCACGAGCUUCCCCUCGGUACUUUGGGGAUUUUGGAGGACUUUUGGGCGUUAUGCAACGUAAGGGGGGUAACGGCUUGAUUCACAUGUUCCAAGGGUGAUGGCCGUCCUAUAGGAGACUCACUCUCGAGUUUCUUAGCACAUUCAAGGUGCACAAGAACCCCCAUACCCACAACCCCGAGAGGAUCGACUUUCGCCUCGGCAACCGCAACCAAACUUUUUUCAUGGAGGAUCUUUGCGAGGUGUUCCAUUGCUACGACCUCAACCCCGAUGAAGAAGUGGAGUAUGAAUAUUCCGAUGUUUGGGGUGCGAUGACAACCGAAGGUGACGAUCAUGAGCCAGGCUAUGCCAAGUCCUCAUCCAUCCGCAACCCCGUCUUGAGAUACCUCCACCGAGCUAUGACACAAUUAAUAUUCACUAGAUUCGAUGGUGGAAGUGUCUCCCAAACCGAGCUUCAUGUUAUGUGGUGCCUUCUCACCGAAAGGGGUUCAACUAUGAGAUCUUCUUUACUCUCACCAGCUAACAUGAUCUUUUGGACCUAGUAGAUUCCAGCACACGUGAACUCAAAUUUGCGCAUUAACUCCCCGAAAGUAUAGAAAUUCACCACAUAACCAAUGCAUGAAACGAGUCUUAUCAAAUGUGCGCAUGUGGAAAGUGUGGUAAUUUCAUAAGAACGACUAUAUAGAUUAUCAUGGUUAGAAGUGCGCAUGUGGAAAGUAGCAGACCUGGAAGAUCCCUCUUCACAUGGUGCUGUGGUGGUGAGAACACAAUGACGAUAUGUAUACAUAACUGUUGAAACUUGCUUGUAGGUUUGUUUAGUUGUUAUAGUGUUGUACUUUGUCGUCUUUUUAAUAUCACAGGUUUUCAUAUUGUGGU